AUGACCCGCUCGACUGACGAGCUUGUUGACGUUAAGCCGAUGUGGCCCAAGCUAGGCGAACUCUUGACUCACGGAGACGACGUGAAACGGGAGUCUUGGACCUCGGUCGACCAAGAUUACUUGCAUCGCUCUGGAUUCUGGCUCCGGUUCUCUGGAAGGUGGGAUGGAUUUGCGCUGUGGAGAAGUGGGGCAAGGAGAGGUGCGGUGGUACUCAAAUCAGAGAGGGUGAUCCACUCAGACGGCGCGUCGGAACAGUUGGCCCAGCGUGCUGAUAAGCUGCCAGGAGAUGCCGAACUGGGAGUCAGUGCAGAAGCGGAAUUGGUCUCAACGCCACCGGUCGGCCGGCAUUCCUUCCUGGGCCAUCAUUCGAGGCGCGAGGGACUUGGUGUGUGUGCCACGUUUCCUUGGCAGGUCGCAUCUCCGACGGACGAUCCGGAGCUGAGAGACAAAAGAGAGUCAUUUGGAAGUCCAGAGUCGGGUCACAGCCGCAACGGGGGGACUGUGCAAACGUGCCCAACACCUGUCCGCGUCUGGGGAAGACGGACUCGCUGGGACGUGGAGACCAGAAGAGAGUCCACCUGA